AUGAGUUGGAUGAGUUUUGUCUUCAAGGCUAUAAAGUUAUAUUUUUUGUUAUGGUGUGGAUACGUUUGGUUUGCUGGUGCUAUUAGAGGGGAGAAUGCACGUCAAGUUAGAGGACCAGGGUAUUUCUCUGGUUCUUCUUCUGUCAACUUGGUGAUUGCACAUCCCGAUGAUGAGGUUAUGUUUUUCAGUCCCACUCUGAUGCAACUCGACAACUGGCUCCCUAAUGAUGUGGCUAUAAACGUGAUCUGUUUCUCUAAAGGCGUUAACGUCGAUGGUUCAAUCGCCGGUGAGUCACGUGCUCGCGAAUUGAAAAAAUCAGUCUCGAUGUUGAUUGAACACGACAGACCUGUCACUGUACAUCAAUUGGACUACAAAGAUGGGAAGGAUCAGAUCUGGGAUUUGGACUCGAUGGUCUGGGAUUUGAAGACUUUGAUUAACCCUUCCAAGGACUACAAAAGAAAAGACCUUUUGAUCACUUUUGAUGAACAUGGCGUCUCAGACCAUCCAAAUCAUAUUGCGUGUCACAAUGCAGUCCAUAGAUUAAUAGAAGAAGAGCCUUUAUUCAUGGCGUAUCAGUUGGAAAGUCAUAGUACAAACGUCAUUUUGAAAUAUUCCUUUUUCGCCCGUGAAAUCGUAAAAUAUUUCUAUAAUUAUUGUCACCAACGUAUAAAGGGUCAAACUUCAUUGAACAAAAAUAUGGACGUCCCUUAUGAGUAUGUGUUGUUCAAUACUCAUUCGGAGUAUAUAAUGGCAUACGCAACAAUGUUGAAUGCUCAUGAGUCCCAAGUUGUGUGGUUCAGAUACGGCUGGUGGUUCUUCUCCAGAUUGACUUAUGCUAAUGAAUUAAAAUUGUUCAAGGGUCAGAUUAUAAAUUAA